AUGCCACCUAAGAAAAAACAACAUGUAAAUAAUAGAACAGGAAUUUAUUAUUUAGCUGAUGAACAACGAAAACUUUAUCCAGCUUAUUCUCGAAUGUAUAUUCAAGAUUUAAUUUUACUAUUAUUACCUCAAUGGCGUUCAAUGACACUCAUUGAAAGAAAACCAUAUGAAGAUUUAGCUAAACAAUAUAAACGUAAUCGAAUGUUAAAUAAUGAAAAUGCUAUAACACCUGUUAUACCAUCGAAUGAAGAAGCAUUAUUUAUUGAACAAAAUAGUAGUGAAAAUAAAUUUUUGGAUUCAUAUUUAUCGAAUGAUCUUGUUAAUGUAUUUAAACAAGAUUUAAUUUUUGUAACAUUUCAAAUAUUUUGUCGAACUGAUGAUGAAGAUGGUGGUGACUAUUAUCCAGCUGAAAUUGCUAUUAUGAAAUAUUCAUUUUCGGAUAAUAUCAAACAAGAAUAUUAUACAAUAAUGAAACCAGAAAAAUUUCCCGUUGGUUAUACUGGUACAGCUAUUGAUUUAUCUCGUGAAACACAUCAAAUUCCACCAUUUGAUUUCAUUGAUGCUAAUGGAGAUUAUUCAAAAAUAUGGCAAGAAGUUAAACGAGUUAUUGGUGAUUCAAUUAUUGAUUCAUCAACAACAGAACCAGUUAUAGUAUUUUGUAAUGCAUUUGAACGUAUGCAAACAGAUUAUCUUCUUAAGUGGCUUGCUUCGAAAGAUGAAACACAAGCAAUGAAACCAUUAUUUCGUGUUUUUUCAUUUGAAGCUUUAGUUUCUGCAAUACUUCGUCGUCUUGAUAUUGGUGAUUUUGCACAUCAAAGUGUUCGUGAACAAUUACGUCGACCUGUUUAUACAUUACAAGUUAAAGAACGAUGUAUUUAUCAUGAUUCAUUAGCUAUAGAAUAUUGUUCUCGUGCUAGAAAUCAUGGUUUUAGUCUUUUUCUUGAUGGAUUUAUUCGACAACGUUUUAUUCAAACAUUACCUGAAGAUGUUCAAGCUGAAAUAAUGGCUGAUAAAUCGUUGACAAAAAUUUUGCCAACAGAUGAUACUAUACAUCACGAAAAUUCAAUAUGUAAUGAAUCAAUCUUAUCAGGAAUGGAUUCGAUUAGUUCAACAUUUAUUCAACGACGAAAAGGUUUACGUACGUUAACACAACAACGAAUGUCUGAAGAUAAAAAAUCAACUGAAUUGAAUAAAGGUCAAUUAAAAAAUAUUGGUUCACAUGUUUUUAUUGAUUCAUCAUCAACAAUAAGUGUACGUUCAUCAAUAUCUCAACAAAUGGGUGCUUUGUCUUUUGAAAACAAAACAUCAAAACUAAUCAAGCCACGUGUACCAUCACCAAUUGAAGUUGAUUGUCGUUGGCCAAUAUCAUCAUUAUAUGACAAUAAUAGUGAUGAUGAAGAUCAAUAUAUAAUGACGGGACGUGGUUUAAAAAAAGCAACAAAACCUACAUCUACAAUAAAUAGUAAAAAGUCAGAUAAUUUUGCUUAUGCAAAUGGCAUUGGUCGUGGUCGUGCUAUUAACUCUAUAGUUCCAAUGCCAGGCUUUCGAGUAUGA